AUAGUAUUAACGAAAAUUACGAUUAAUAUAACCUCAGCCUUAUGAUGACCCAAUCCUGGAAAGGAAGUUUUUUAAAAUAAAAAAUAACGCGUUCACCCGUGCUCCUGUGCUUGUUCUUCUGGUCGUCACUGCCCAAACACGAUGUGAUGGGAAUUGUCUUUCCCAGAAAAUCAUGUUGUAUUUUGCUACUUGCUGUUUAAUACUUUAAUCUAAUCUCCUUAUUUUCCUACAAAACAAAAAAACGGAAGGAUGAAAGACUCUCAUCUAAUUGGCUUGACUUACUGUAUAAAGAUUCUCAAAGUCUCAACUGUGCCAUACGCUAAG